AUGAGUAACAGCGCCAUGGUUGCAGUCGCCAUUUGUUGCAUACUGGUCCUGCUGGCCGUCUUCAUUGUGAUCAUCAUAGUCGUUGGUCAGACGAUGGGUGAGCCCAAGUGAGAUAAAC